GAUGCGGUUCGUGGAGGUUGGUGUCACAAAAGACUUUAAGGUGCCCUCCAUCAAUGGACUCAUUGAAACACUUCGCAGGGGACUUCUUCUUGACCCACUUUCCUCCAGCGGCAACACUGAGACGGAGAUCACGCUAUCGCUGCCGAAGCGUGCGUGGGUUGAGCCUCUUCAGACUCUCUACGCCAUCUUUGUGGAUCCCGUCGUGGAGUUUCUUCGUGCCCUUGAUCCGCUGUUCCUGAGCAAAAACGGUGUUAUCACGAUGAUCCCGACGGAGCAGCUGUGGCUCGUGCCAUUCAACGCACUCAUUGCGCGGAACGGCAACUUUCUUAUGGAGGAUUUUGCGGUACAGCUUGCAUUUUGUGCCACGCAAUGCGCCUUCUCUGUGCUGAGUGCCAAACGUGUACUCCAGCGAGAUCUGCAGCGUGACGUGGUGUUGGUGCAGCGUGAUAUUGACGCACCGGCGUUGCAUCUGCUGUCGCAUGUGGCAUUUCCUUUCGACUCGCUGCGUUCCCGAAAGGAGGGGGAUUUGAUUGUCCGCACAUUGGCGGAGAACAAGCGCAGUGUUCUUCACAGCACCCGCACGACAGACUCCGUCUGCGUCACCACAAGUUCCGAGACGCUCGUGGAGGACCUCGACGCAUUCAGGGAGCUCCUGCCGAAGAGUCGCACGGUGUUUAUCGCAACAUCCACAACGAGUGCAACACGCAAUGACGAUAAUAGUGCUGGUGCCAUAUGCAUGGCGGUCUCACAUGAGGAGAUUGACCUGCUGCGCUCCUCUGAAAUUUCACGAAUGCGGCUGUUUGCGGAGCUUGUGGUGAUUAGCAACACAAACAUGUCCAACGCACGUGUUGUGGGAACACAUGACGAUGUUCAGGGGCUUAUUCGUGGGUUUUUCUCCAGCGGUGUGCCUUGUGUCAUUGUUGGGCAGUGGUGCACGCCCGAUAUGACUCCGUCGGAGCUUUUUUCAAAGUUUUUCCAGCUGCUCUCGGAGGCAAACAAUAAGCCACGGAGAUUCAGCUGUAGCCAUGAGGUGGCCACGACAGCAACCGCCACGGCAAAAACAACAACAUCGGACGCGGAGUUGAAGCAUCCCGUGAGAGCAAACGAUGAGGAUGAAGUUGGCGGUCAUGAUGCGGCAUGUUUGUAUCGCCACAAAGCACUUCUUCUCGCGUGGGCUAUUCGGGCACUGCUAGAGGAUAAUUUCUUCCGCUUUGCUCCUCGCACCUGGGCAGGAUACUGCUGCGUCGGAUACGGGUCGCAUCAGUAG